CCUGCAACAUUCGAUGAGGCUAUGCGACGUCCAGACUGUGACCAUUGGAUGGCCGCAAUGCGGAAGGAGAUCAAUUUGAUGUCGGAAAUGAGCGUGUAUGAGCUCAUGCCUUUGCCUGUCGAACGUCGCGCAAUCGGAUGUCGGUGGGUUCUCGAAUUUAAAGAGGACUUGAAAGGGGGACCUGUAUUUAAAGCGCGACUCGUG